AUGUCAGACUCCAGGGGAAGUGUGGACACCAUCAAGGCCUUCCUUCGGUCCUCUCCGGAUUCACAGCAGACUACAGAGUUCUACGACACAUGCUGUGAGAUGUACGAUCAGGAUGCAGAGCUACUGAACUACAGGGGUCCUGAUCUGGGGGUGGAUUGUCUGCUUUCAAACUUCUCUGGGCGUCGUGAGGAGGUUCAGGUCUUGGACGUUGGCUGUGGAUCUGGACUGGUGGCUAAGGCGAUGAGUGAAGUGGGCUUCAGGAACUUUGUGGGAGUGGACGGCAGUAAAGGCAUGCUGGAGCUAGCAGAGAAGACCGGACUCUACCAGCACCUCAGACUGGCCUUACUGGGAACAGAACCACUGCCUGCAGACACCGACAUGUUUGAUGUGGUGAUCCUGGUCGGUGCCCUGGCUCCAGGUUUUAUUCCGGUCAGUGUUGUCAGAGAGCUCUGCCAGGCUGCAAGGCCAGGUGGUCUGGUGUGUUUGGUCCGAGGCAACCACAGAGGAGCAGACAGUGACAGAUAUCGGGUUGAGCUGCAUUCAGAGUUGUGGCGGAUGGAGGAGGCGGGGCUUUGGAGUCUGCUAGGAACCAAUCACUGUGACAGAUACAUGAUAGACACCCACCUCAGCCAGCAGGGGGAGCCGUUCAUCAGUGGGAUGGUUCAUCUCUACAGGAAGUCCAUGCAUCCCUCCACAUGA